AUGGCCGAAGUCAUGCAGCCUCAGGCUGUACACACCCCACUCAUGGACUCGAAGCCCAAGAUGGGACAACAAUCGCCCACCACACCCACCAGCGCCAGUGCAAGCGUCAAUUCGAGUCAGAAUAACGCCUCGCGUCGGCCGCCCAGGAAGAGCACUCUCACCCAACAGCAGAAGAACCAGAAGCGUCAACGAGCCACUCAGGACCAGCUCAUGACUUUGGAGGUGGAGUUCAACAAGAACCCGACGCCUACCGCCCUUGUGAGAGAGCGGAUAGCGUCAGAGAUCAACAUGACGGAGCGAUCGGUACAGAUCUGGUUCCAAAACAGACGCGCGAAGAUAAAGAACAUCGCCAAGCGAAGCAUCGAGAGCGGCGAAGACUGCGACAGCAUCCCCGAAUCGAUGCGUCAGUAUCUGGCAAUGCAGGCAUAUGGACCAGGCAAAGGGCUCCCCGCUACCAUGCUCGGUCGAGGUGGCCCUGGCUUUGGUCCAUACGGCGGUGGCACUCUUUGCCUCAACACCGACACAACGUCUGGCAAAGUCGUCAUUCAGCACUUCCACUGCCGGUCACUAUCAAUCGGUACAUGGCGCCGCGUUGGGCAGAGCACGAUGGAUCUGGUCAUCUUCUAUUCUCCCGACAAGGCAUGCGUCACAUACUACAUCAACAACGACUCUGCGGGCUACAAGAUCGAAUAUCCUUUUGCAUGGAUCAAGAACAUCACACUCGAGCAGGGCGAUGUGCUGGCACCGGCCGAGGGCGCCUCACAGCGAUCAGGUGGUCUAGUCAUUGAGUUGACUCGUCCCCCAAAGUUCUACAUGGACAGCUCUGGGAGCGGUGGCUUCUACGAGUGCGGUGACUUCACAGAGGACCAGCAAGCUAGCCAGGUCCUCGUCCAUCAGUUGGGUGGUCCUUCCAAGGUGCUGAGCGGCCAAUUGGCCAAGCUCGUAUCUCUUGAGGCAUACCAGAACCGACACAACAUGAUGUUCGACCCAAGCCAGUUUGCAGUAUCCGCUCCAGUUUCACCGAUCGGCCAUAGGCCUGCCAGCCAACCGAACCACAUGAUGCAUCCUCACACUGGCAUGUCUCUCUAUUCACCACAGGACAUGGGAGCAGGCUUGAUGGGUCCUCCAGGCCCUCGAGGACACAAGCGACAACGUAGCCGAUCCGUUCCAACUGCGGUCGAUUUCAACAUGCUGCGACAGGGACCAAUGCCAUCCUUCCUCAUCCAGCACGAAGGUCAACCUCCACAAGCGCCAAUGCAAGAUCCGAACAUCUUCGCUCCGAUUCCACAUCAUGGUGCUCCCGACGGCUUCGUUCCUGGUCCCGCUGGCCCACAUCUUAGCAUCGAUACUUCGCAGGGCUUCAACAUGGGUCUGCAAUUCAACGGCUCCUUAUCAGCCACCACGGCCAAUUCGCCUAGCGAGUAUGGCACGCCUGGAUUCUUCACUGCAGGUCCUUCAGCGGAUGGUAUGCAACAGCCACAUUUCAGUCUCAACAAUGGCUACCUGGCUGUUGACGCUGGUAACAUGAUUGGCACGAGCAACACACCUCUGUCCGCGGUCUCGAGUCACGGAGAUCCUGUCAUUGCUGAUCACUCACCACCACUCAAUGGUAUGGGCCGUAGCCAAAGCAUCGACAUUCUCGGCACACCUGGUGAAAGCUCGCAGCUCGGCAGUGACGAAGGCCUGUAUCUGUCAGAUGCCUUCAACAAGCAGAUCGCGCUGCCAUUCAGAAGCCCGAUGUCCGAGCAGGCGUUCCACUCUCCGAUGCCAGACGGCAUGUUCAACUUCCAAUCUCCUCAGCCUGGAUCGGAGUCGCAGGAUCACAUGAACGGCGCGCCGCAGAUGAACUUUCCAAGCCCGCAGCAUGCUCAGGACGGCACUGCCUACAACUCACCGCAGCACUCCGGCCAGAGCCAUCAGGACAGUGGCGUCGACUUCUCGACGCCGCCUCACGAUCAGACUGCCAUGUUCAGCGGCCAACAGGAUAACACGAUGCUGUACCAGGACUCGAAGAUGUACUCAAGCCCUGGUCAGAUGCAACAGAUACCCGACGAUCAGCAAUUCUACCACCACAACUCUGGCAACGGAUACGACAUGCAAGCGCAACAGAUGUUCGGCUUCGUCGAUCCUCACACUCUUGGACAGCAGCAGUAG